AUGAAGUUGUCAAACCAGUCCGAGGUGCCCGUCUACACCAUCUCGGGCUCUAACACUGCCCGGCCAUUACCUGAAUGGCUUGCCCGACGCCGAAAGCGCAGCUUGAAAGAUGAUCCCGAGUAUGCGAACCGUGUUGAAUUGCUGCAGGAUUUCGAGUUCGAGGAGGCCAGCCAGUGUGUUCGAGUCAGUGAAGACGGGGAAUGGGUGAUGAGCACAGGAACGUACAAGCCGCAGAUUCACACGCACUACCUUCCACAACUUUCUUUGUCAUGGGCCCGCCAUACUGUCGCUCUCAAUACCACCUUCCUUCUUCUAUCCUCCGACUACUCAAAAUCUCUUCACCUGCAGUCCGAUCGCUCUCUCGAAUUCCACACCCCGUCAGGAUGCCAUUACACUACUCGUCUCCCGCGAUACGGCCGUGACCUUGUGUACGAUCGACAAUCGACCGAGGCGCUGAUACCUUCAGUCGGUGUCAACCAGGAUGGUAUGGGUGAAGUGUUCAGAUUGAACUUAGAGAUGGGUAGGUAUAUGCGCAGCUUUGAGGUGGAUGUUGGUGGUGAUGAUUUCACAUCUGCUGGAGGCGGUACUUUGCAAGGCGGUAUUCACACUGGCUCGGUCAACACAGGUGCUAUCGCGGAGGAAAGUCACAACUUGUUGGCUUUCGGUACAUCAGCUGGCACAGUGGAGCUGUGGGAUACCAGAGCCAAGGGCCGCGCAGGUGUCUUGCUUCCUCCGACACAAGCGGGACCAGAUGAGGCGCGCAACGGCAUCACCGCUUUGGAGUUCAACCGCUCUGGUUUGACUCUCGGUACCGGCUCCUCGAAUGGUCUGAUUCACCUCUACGAUCUUCGAUCCCCGGUCCCUCUUCUAAAGAAGGAUCAGGGAUACGGUUUCCCUAUUCACACCCUCAAGUUCCUCCAGCCUUCGUCCGCAACACGUGAAGCGACCAUGGACCCCAAGAUUAUGUCUGCCGAUAAGCGUAUCAUCAAGCUUUGGGACCCUCGCGACGGUACUCCAUGGACUUCCGUCGAACCUGCUGUGGAUAUCAACUCGGUGGCUUGGUGCAAGGACAGUGGAAUGCUCCUGACUGCCAACGAAGGACGCCAGCAGCACUCGUUCUUCAUUCCGCAACUUGGACCCGCGCCCAAGUGGUGCUCGUUCCUGGAUAACUUGGUCGAGGAGAUGGCCGAGGACCCCAAUGAUCCGAACGCCUUCACCAGCGCUCAGGCCGGCGCUGUUUACGAUAACUACAAGUUCUUGACUGUUCCUCAGCUGCGCACUUUGAAUCUCGAGCACCUUAUUGGCCGUACCAACCUCUUGCGACCAUACAUGCACGGUUACUUCGUGGCUCAGCGCUUGUACGAGGAGGCGAGAUUGAUCACUAACCCGUACAUUUGGGAGGAGGAGCGCGCCAAGCGUGUGAAGGAGAAGAUUGACAAGGAGCGUGAGAGCCGUAUUCGCGGCAAGAAGAAGGCCGCCGUCAAAGUUAACAAGAGAUUGGCCGAGAAGUUGAUGAACGCCGAGGAGAAGAACGAGCGCCGCAGAGCCAAGCGUGUGCUGGAGCGUGGUGGUGACGAGGAUAUCGUUGAUGCCGCAGCCACUACCGAGCCUAAGAACAAGGGUGUCCUGGCUGACAGCCGUUUCAAGGCUCUGUUCGAGGAUCAGGACUUCGCGAUCGACGAGAAGUCUUUCGAAUUCCAGCUUCUUAACCCCAGCACUGUACCCGAGUCUUCUUCACGGAAGGAGCGUGGCUUGACAGCUGUCGAGCAAGAGGCUAUCGACGACGUGCCCGGCUCCAGCGAUGACGAUUCGGGAUCGGACAGAGAACCCCAGGCCCCUAGACCCGUCAGAGAGAAGCCUUCAAACAAGAUCUCUUCUUCUGAUUACAAGCGCACGAAGCGUCCCCCGCCUCGCAUGGAGGUGUCUUCCUCGACACGCACCCACUCGACCCGCGAUCGUUCAUUCGGAUCGCGCGCCCAGAACAUGAAGACCAAGCAACGGACUACACGAACAAGCGGUCCCGUCGGCGAGAGAGAGGUGAGCUUCAUGCCCGCCGGCAAGGCGAAGCGCAGCCAGCCCGAAGUUCGUUACGAUAAGACCGAGUUCAAGUCCAAGGCGCGACGCAGCGCUUCCAACAACACUUUCCGUGGGAUGUGA